AUGCUUGAUGAAGCCUUACCCGUGAGAACAGUUCGCGCACACUGUACGGACAAACCGUGGAUGACCCCCAAUAUUAAAGCGUUGAUAAAAGCAAGACAGAGAGCAUUUACGAAAGGGGAGACACCGAAGUAUAAACGUUUACAUGCAAAAGUUACCAAGCUGAUAUCCAACGCUAAAGCUACGUACUACAAAUCCAAGGCUGAAGGCAACCAUCAAUCCAAUCCCGCCAAAUGGUAUAAAACGAUUUACAAGCUAGCGGCAGCAACCGAAAAUCAACAAUCUCUGUCCUCGCCUGACCACGCUGACCUAAUGGAAAUCGCUGACAGACUACAAAGAAGUUUUACUAAGCCUUGGCUAGGAAUUCAACCAGAUCUUCCCAGACUUCAAGCGGUAGAGCAUUUGCUCAAGGAUAGCCACCCACCUCUACCAUCCACUGGCCAAGUCAAAACCGUCCUAAAACACCUAAACCCUAGGAAAGCCACUGGGUCGGAUAAUAUCCCUGCAUGGUGUCUUAAACGGUACGCAGAAGAAUUAGCACCAGUGGUCCACGAUAUUGUGGUUGCAAGCAUAGUUCAAUGCAAAUAACCCACCUCCUACAAGCAUGCAAUCAUUAGUCCCAUACCAAAGAUCCGUCCACCCACAGACCUAGAUAAUGACUUCCGCCAAGUUUCCGUGCUACCACAACUAGCAAAAGUUAUCGAGAAGCUACAGCUGCAACUCAAUAAAUUCAGUUUCAAGAUCAAAACAAACCAGCACGUCUUUACGAGCGGUCACUCCACCGUGUCUGCCCUUACCUCCAUAUCUCAGAACUGGUUCGACUCAACGGACAACUCCUCAACCGGUAGACAAGGUGUCCACGCCCUAUUUGUUGAUUUCCGGAAGGUCUGUGACUUGGUCGACCAUAAGAUCCUUCUGGACAAGCUUGCUGAUAAGAAUGUAACAAGGAGUUUCUGGUUAUGGAUAAUGAGUUUUCUGGAGGGAAGAACACAACAGGUAAAUCUCCAAGGUGUACUAUCCUUUACUGCAUCAUGCCCAGCCGGCGUCCCUCAGGGAUCUGCUAUCUCGCCGACCCUAUUCAACAUACUCAUUAACGAUAUGGAAGAAAAUGUUUCUGAACAGGCAUGUGUAAACACAAUCAAAUAUGCGGACGAUUGCACCAUGGAUACGUCCAUAAGAUUAGGAGAAUCUAGCGAUUUGCAAAGCGCUCUGGACUCAGUACAAAGUUGGGCUGUGGAAAAUAAAAUGGAACUGAAUGCCAAAAAGACAAAAGAUAUGUGGAUUAACUUCACCGAAGCACCGCCCCCUCUACCACUGCAUAUAGGAGAUGCUAUCAUAGAAAGAGUCGAUAACUUUAAACUCUUGGGAACCUGGUUUCAAAAGGACCUGAAAUGGAAUAAACAUGUCGAGGAGACCACCCGCAAAGCAGCUAAAAACCUGUACUGCCUACGAGAAUGUAGAAGAGCGAAUCUACCAGUCGAAGUGGGUCUCACCACUUAUUUAACUAAAAUCAGGCCUAUCCUUGAAUAUUGUUCUCCAGUGUGGGGUGGUCUGCCACGAUAUUUAAAGGACGAAUUGGAACGUGUGCAAAGGAGGAGUCUACGAAUUAUUGGCCUCCCGCAUGGUUACCUGCCAACUCUCGAAGAGAGAAGAAUUGAAGCCACAUCAAGGGAACUCGUUAACAUCUUAGGUGAUCCGAGUCAUAUCUUUUAUCAACGAACUAUGGAACAUAAUAAAUAUAACUAUAAUCUUAGGCGUAGAGACGGUAUAUUUAAAUACGCACCUUUCUCAGGCACUGAACGACACAGAAAUACUUUUGUCCCACGAGCAAUGAGACAGGGGUUGCACUAA